ACGUGAUUCAACUGAGGCGGAGACUACAAACUUUUUGUGUCAGAUUCAAUUUCGAACUUGUCGCGGAACAAUUGGACGAGUAAAUACGGCUUUAAAAUGUGGUAAAUGAAGACGUACUCCAGGAAUUUUUUAUUUUCAGCGUUAUGAAUGGAUUAAAGUGACAGUUUUUCAGCUCAACCGUGGAACUGAUAUUUAUUUGUGUGAUUAUUGUGUGUGAGUUUAGUGUUUAGGAGUUUUCGGUGUUGAAGAGAAAAAAUAUAUUUAUUCUGUUUUGGGUAGGAAAUGAUAAUUCCAAGGUUAGAAAACUGUACGGAUAACGAAGAAACAUCUAGGUACGACGAAAAUGAAAAACAAGAUACGCUGGGAAAAAGAAAGUUUUUUAAUGUUCAUGACGACGCUGGUAAUUCUAAAAUAUUACCUUCCAAACGUUUCUGUGUCAAUAAUGAUAGUGAAAACAUAAUUAACUUGAACAACGGAACUGCUUCCAAAACAUUAGAAAUUAUUGUAGUCAACGGAACCUGGGACACCAGUCGAAAAAUACCUUCUGUUAUAGCUGAAAUGCACACUGUAAAACUAAAUCAUGUUGAAGAGACUGUUGUAUCGUCAGAAAUAAGUGCAAUAAACCAUAAGGGUAACUUGCCACAAGGUGAAAAAUUGAACGGGACUGUUUAUGGCAACGUCAAUGAUGAAAUUGUAAACAAUAAAGUAUGUAUGGAUACAGUGAGUGAUGACAACAAGAGCCUCUCCUGGCUUAUUAAUUUUAAGGUUGAUACGCUAUUUCGUAAUUUAGAGCUUCAAGGAUAUGGUGAUGAAGAUUGCUGUGCAGGAAACAUAGCACCCUCGCCAGAUGCGUGCUCUCAGAAGAAACAGGCAACCGUGUACCUCUCCAAAAACACCAAAGUGUUUAACCACAAGCAGAAAGAUCAGUCCAACCAAGAGCACGUAGUUCCUCCAAGUUUUACUGACAUCAAAGAGAAAAAACCGCCCUUCACCUACACGGAACUCAUCGAACAAGCCCUCGAAGAGAAGGGGGAGCUGACCGUCUCGGAAAUCUAUCAGUGGAUCUCACAGCACUUUCCAUUCUACAAACCGAAUGACGAUCGGUGGAAGAACUCGGUUCGCCACAACUUGUCGAUAAACCCUUCGUUUCGCAAGGGAUGCAAAGCACCCCAAGGAGCAGGUCAUCUGUGGACAGUCGCCAAGAAGAACGAAGAUUCCUGCAAUUCUUUGGAGAAGAAGCAGCGCAUACGCGCGUACCUCGCCAACAAGAUCCUGCUGGACGAGGUGCAGCUGGCGACGGCCAGCAUCGAGGAGAACCUGGAGAACCGCUGCAACCCCGCCGACGAGGGCCAGGGCUGGGACUCGCCGCCUCCCCCGGGGCAGGCCAUCAGCCUGGAGCAGUCGGCCGAGGAGAUCCUCAGCGGCGUCAAGAGGAGCGUGGAGGUGCAGUACCUGGUGCCGGGCCGCGAGGACACCAGCACCUCGGGUGAGAACAGGGUGGUGCUCGUCCAGCCCGGCCCCGGCGACCAGCCCGGCCUGUCCGACAACUACCUGUUCGACCCCGUCCUCAUCACGCAGCCCUCAGACCUGCUGAACUCGGCGGUGCGCGACGCCGGCCUGUCCCUGGAGUCGGACGGCCUGGGCGCGCCCUUCUUCAUCACCGACCUGACGCCCAUGUCGCUGGGCCUGGGCGCGGGCGACGACAGCGCCGUGUUCGCAGAGGAGAUGAACUUCCAGUACUUCCAGCUCGCUUCGCCCGUCUAGGCCCGCGCACGCCUCCACACCAGUCACGCCGCGCCGCGACCUAUAUUUUUAUACCGUUUGUAACGUCCUGCGAAUAACGAUCAUCCAUCCAGCUUUUGUCUCCAUUACGGGGGAACAAAAAAUUCAAAUAAGCUUUUUUACGGAAAUGAAAAAAAUAAUCAUUGAAAAAAUAUUUAAUACAUAAUUGAUAAUUUAUUUAUAGUCAGACACAUUACCAAGCGUUUUUGUACAACUGUGAUCUUGUAUCCGUAUAUGCCAAAAAUAUAUAUAUAUUUUUUAAUCAAAGAAAAUUAUAAGGUGUUUGCAUGACAUUACUCAAGUGUCAAACAACAAGUCUAAUAGGAAAAAUACUUAGAAGAGAAAAAAAAAAGCUAUUAUACAGUUUCAGUUAUUGUAAACACUUGAUAAUUGAUUAAAAUAUUAAUUGUUGUAAGUUUUGCUUCCAUCUGUAUGUAAAAUGUAAACAGUUGAUGAACAACUGAAAUUUUUGUAUGUAUUAACAUUGUAAUGAAUUUUUGUAACAUGCAUAAAGAUAAUGUAAAAUUUAAAUUCUGCACAAAUAAUAAAAUUAGUUUGUACUGAAAA